AUGGUUUUAGUAGCUCUGUUCUUAUUUUGCUUAAUUUUAACUUUCAUUUGGAAAGACACAAGAAAACCAAAAAAAUUUCCUCCAGGUCCAAAAUGGUAUCCAAUUGUUGGUUGUAUUCCACUACUCCAACGAUUAAUAAAUAUUUUUAAGUUUUAUCAUUUAAUGUGGGAGCAUUUUGCAACGAUAUGGGGUCCUGUUGUAGGUUUUCGAAUUGGAUGUGAUCGUGUAAUUUUAAUAUCUGGAAUCGAUGCUGUUAAAGAAUUUUAUAGUAUUGAUGAAUUUAAUGGACGACCAAAUGGAUUUUUUUUUAAAGUUCGUUCGUUUAAUAAACGUUUAGGGAUCGUUUUUACAGAUGGAAAAGAAUGGGAAGUUCAAAGAAGGUUUUCUAUGAAAAUAUUAAAACAAUUAAUGGGAAUUGGUAAAAAUGGUUUAAUUCAUAUUGAAAUUGAAGCACAAAAAAUGAUUGAAAAUUUUCGUAAAAAAGCAAUAAAAAAAGAAUUAUUAGAAAUGCAACAUCUUUUUGAUAUUCCAGUUCUGAAUGUUAUGUGGGCUUUAUUGGCCGGCUAUACAUUUGAUGUUGACGAUACAAAAUUAUUAAAUUUGGUUAAAUUAAUUCAUGAAUGUUUUAGAGAUAUUGAUAUGUCGGGUGGAAUAUUAAAUCAAUUUCCAUUUAUAAGAUAUUUUUUCCCAGAAAAAUGUGGUUAUAAUAAAAUGAUUAAAAAUACCAAACCGCUAUUAAGUUUUUUAACAGAAAGAAUUAAGGAAAUUAAAGAUAAAAUUGGUACAAAUAAUUUGAAUAAAGAAAUUAAAAGUCUUAUUGAAGCAUAUUUAAUUGAAAUUGAGAAAUUUAAGAAUGAUAAAUCAACAUUUACAGCAGAACAAUUACUUAUUAUUUGUUUGGAUUUUUUUCAAGCUGGUUCUGAAACUACAAGUAAUACCUUAGGUUUUGGUUUGAUUUAUAUGUUACAUUAUCCUGAAAUAUUAGAAAAAGUUAGAGCUGAAAUAUAUGGUGUAAUAGGUCAAAAUCGUUUAUUAAAGCUAUCUGAUAGAAAUAAUUUACCGUAUACUGAAGCAGUAAUAUACGAAAUUCAAAGAAUAUCAAGUGUUGCACCUUUAGCUAUUAUUCAUCGUACAUUGCAAACUGUUAAUUAUCAAAAUUAUAUUAUACCAAAGAAUACUCUUGCAUUAGUUUCAAUAUAUAGUUUAAAUAUGGAUAAAAAAUAUUGGAUUGAUCCGCAUAAUUUUCGACCAGAAAGAUUUCUAAAUAAUGAUGGCAAACUUAUUCAUCAUGAAUAUUUUAUUCCAUUUGGUUUAGGAAAAAGAAGAUGUGUUGGAGAAAUGUUGGCAAGAUCAAGUUUAUUUUUAUUUUUUGCAAUUUUUGUACAAAAUUUUGACAUUGAAUUACAGGAUCAUAAAAAUUUACCAGAAAAAAUUGGUUUCGAUGGAAUUACAUUGAGCCCUAAACCAUAUAAAGCAUAUUUAAAAAUUAGAAAAUUCACAAAUAAUUAUAAAAACUAAUUACCCCUUACUUUUUUUUGUUGAAUUUGCAUAAAAUUAUAAUUAAGAAUAUUUAAAAUGGUUGAAUACAAUUUUAAUUAUUAUGUUUUUCAAUUA